AUGUCAAACAAUCGAUAUUAUAACCGUAAUCAUAACGCUCCACCCCAACAGGAACGAAAACGAUCAAACGAAUGGCCAAAAAAAAGUAAUACAACUCUUCCGUCAAAAGAACAACUAUCAAUUUCCGAGGUACCUUAUGUUGACACACACGCGCAUUUACAUUACGUUCUAGAAAAACUACCAGACGUAUUUAAUAUAACCUCUUAUGAUAUAUUAAAACGAGAUCAUUUUCCAUCAAAUUUUGAAAGUUGUAUAAAUGUAUUAUGUGAUCCAUUAUCUUUCAAUUCAAAUGAAAUAUUUCCAAAUACGUUUAUGGAUUGGCAAGUAAUGGCAAAGACAUCAUUUAUGUAUUUAGCAGUUGGAGUACAUCCGCAUAAUGCAAAAGAUUAUAAUGAUUAUGUUGAAAAUAAUAUGAUGAGUAUCCUUAAUCAUCCGAAAUGUAUCGCACUAGGAGAAAUUGGUCUGGAUUAUCAUUAUAAAAAUUCCCCAAAAGAUAUUCAAAAACGUGUUCUAUUGAAGCAAAUUGAAAAAGCUAUUAAAUUGGAAAAACCUUUAGUUAUACACACUCGUGAAGCUGAAGAAGAUACUUGGGAAAUAUUAAGUAAUAAUGUACCCAAAGAAUGGAAAAUUCAUGUUCAUUGUUUCACCGAUUCUCCUCGAUUUGCAAAACAAUUAUUAGACCAUUUUCCUAAUCUUUAUAUCGGUAUAACUGGCGUUGUUACUUUUGGUUCUGCUAAAAAUACUCAAAAUAUCAUCAAAGAUAUUGUUCCUUUAAAUAGAAUUUUAUUAGAAACUGAUGCUCCUUACAUGAUUCCCGCCAAAUUAAAUAAAAAUAAGAGAUCUUUUGACAAAGUCACUAUUAGUCAUUCUGGAAUGAUUCCUUUGGUUGCCGAAAAAAUUGCUCAACUUAAAGGAAUCGAAUUGGAUGAAGUCAUGAGGAAUGCGAGAGAGAAUACAAGAAAUAUGUAUGGCGUUUAA